AUGUGGGCUGGUCCGACAGCGACGGGAAGGCCGGCGUUCAUGGCCCAAACGAGGACGUUUGAUCCAACGGGCACUUAUGUACCUAACACUCCGCUGCAGACGUCAAUCCCCAUCGAGGGCAUGGGGACAGGGAACACGAGCAUUUUCCAGAUGAUGGGUUAUCUAUCGCCUUACUCACCCUCUCCUGGAUUUGGCGUGGAUGAGUAUCCACUGCCCGAGGGCGCGGAGAUCGUUCAGGUGCAGAUGCUGUCUCGUCACGGCUCCCGCUAUCCGACUACUGGCACCAAUGUCGAAGCUUUUGGCAAGCGGAUUGCUGAGGCUGCUGGGAAGUACAGGGCCACCGGUUCAUUGUCAUUUUUGAACGAUUGGAAGUAUCAGCUCGGAGCAGAGAUUCUCGUCCCAAGAGGCAGGCAGGAGCUAUUCGAAUCAGGCAUUCUACACUCGUACAUGUAUGGCAGCUUGUACAACACCAACAGCAAGAUCAUCGUCCGCAGUACUACCCAGGAUCGUAUGCUAAAGUCCUCCGAGUACUUCCUUGCCGGCUUCUUUGGUCUGGAAUGGACAAAGAAUGCUACAAUUGAGGUGAUCAUCGAGAAAUAUGGUUUCAACAACUCCCUAGCAGGCUAUCAUCGAUGUCCCAAUGCUAAAGAGGACAGGGGUGGUACAGAUGCGCAAAGGAUAUGGUUCGAGAACUAUUUACAGAACGCCACUGCCAGGCUCAGCAACUUGGUCGAGGGCUAUGAUUGGACUGUCGAUGACACCUUUGCAGCUCAGAAUCUGUGCCCGUACGAGACGGUCGCGUACGGCUUCAGCCGAUUCUGCGAGCUAUUUACGUACGACGAGUGGAUUGGCUUCAGCUACGCCAUCGACCUCGCUUUUGCUGGAAAUAAUGCUUUCCAAUCUCAGACCGGCAGAGCGGUAGGAAUCGGUUGGCAACAAGAGCUCAUUGCCCGACUCAAGAACCACACAUUGGGCUAUUCAGGGUCACAAAUUAAUGUGACUCUUGACAGCAGCACCGACACCUUUCCUUUGAAUCAAAGUCUUUACUUUGACUUCUCACACGACACGAACAUCAUUUCUGUCUUGACCGCGCUCGGCUUCAAGCAGUUUGCGGCCUUCCUAGAUGCGAAGCAGUAUCCGGGUCCGCACAAUUUCACCAUCUCGCAUAUGGUGCCAUUCGGCGCACGGCUUGAUGUCGAGAUCAUCAAGACACCCCGACCUGUGGCGGCUGAUCGCUCGGGGUACCUGCCAACCGGCCCAGAGACGACGUACAUCCACUUUAUCCUGAACCAACGGACACUACCGCUGGGCUGGAGCUUUCCCGAAUGUGACGUCUACCGGCUUGAUGGAUGGUGCGAGCUUGACACCUUCCUCAAAGUACAAGAUGAGAUGGAGAAGCUUGCCAAAUAUGAUGAGGCUUGCUUUAGUGAUUACAAACCACAGCCCUAUGGCGUGGUGAUGGAUGGUGCACCACUAUAA